UACAGCAAACGGCAAGAAGAAGAACACCUGCGCGUAAACUGUCACUAGGAGACCGAAGACAUCGAGCUGUCAUCUCUGUCCGCUGGUGUCAGGCAGAAAAACAAAGACAUGUCGUUCUUAUUAGACUGGAUCUACAGGGGGUUUAGCAGUGUUUUGCACUUCUUGGGUCUGUACAAAAAGAGUGGGAAGCUGGUUUUCCUGGGCCUGGACAAUGCAGGCAAAACAACACUGCUACACAUGCUAAAGGAUGACCGACUUGGCCAACAUGUACCCACACUGCAUCCUACGUCCGAGGAGUUAACAAUCGGAGGGAUGACAUUUACCACAUUUGAUCUGGGAGGACACGUACAAGCUCGGAGAGUUUGGAAGAACUACCUGCCUGCUGUCAAUGGAGUGGUCUUUCUUGUAGACUGUGCAGAUCAUGACAGACUGGCAGAGUCAAAAACGGAGCUAGACGCUCUAUUAUCAGAUGAAACCAUAGGUAAUGCUCCCGUGCUGGUGCUGGGUAAUAAAAUUGACCGCCCUGAGGCCAUCAGUGAGGAAGCACUACGAGGAGCCUUUGUUCUUGAUGGUCAAGUUACUGGGAAGGGAAACGUGUCUUUGAAGGAGCUGAACGUUCGACCGCUGGAGGUCUUUAUGUGCAGCGUGUUGAGAAAACAAGGCUACGGCGAAGGUUUCAGAUGGUUAGCGCAGUACAUCGACUGACACGCUGGACAGAAGCACAAAAUCAGGAGAGAUUUUCUGGACACAUUUUUAUGAAAUGUGUUGAAGAAUUUGUCUUCCCACCAAAACAAAUGAUCAGUCCAAAUACAAAAUCAAAUCAAAUUUUAACAAAUGACCAAUGUAUUCAGGGUUAAGAUGUUUCUAUGCAGACCUUUAAAAGAGCUUAAGUGUUAAUUUGAUAACGUCAUUCUGUGCAGCCAUACAUGAAUGCAGUGUUAUUUCUUUCCUUCAUUAACUACUGCAGAUGUGAACAUUACUACGUUACAGUUAUGUAGAAAAAGAAAAGAGUUACGAGGGACAGCCUGUGUUUGUGUCUCUUUAUUAUUGUUCAUUGACGAAUUGUGUAAAUGAUGUAAAAUGUAAAUGUCUGUACAGCAAACAGCUUGUGAAAAUUUAAACUGAUUAUAUCUGUAUUAAUACUUGUACUCAAUAUUGUUCUGUUAUUAUGUGCAUACUUAAAACUUAAUAAUUGACUUGAAUGAGAACAUCCUAAUGUGAACUUGAUGUCUAGUUUGAAUAAGACAGGGACCUCCAAUCGUUUUUGCUCUGAGAGCUUCUUUUACAGAAUAAAAAUGGCAGAGAAUUA